ACAGGGAACAGCCUCACCCUUUGAUAAGUCAACUUCUUUACAACAUGGAUUUUUAUUUUCCGUCGAUAAAUGGCCUYGGUUCGCAGGGAUUCCUUGGUCAAUCCGCUCCACCGUCGGCGCCGUUCGUUUAUGGGAUGCGAGGUUAUUACCCCUUUUAUUCCUUGAGUGCAGACUCCCUUAGUGUAAGGUCAAGCCCGGCCAACAUGCUCCCAUCAACUUCAUGUCCAACAAAUUUACAAAUGGAAACCCGGGGAGAAUCCCCAGAAAGCGAGAAAAACUUUGACAAAACUAACAUCGCUGGACGAGAUGCAUCUCAUGAAGAUAAAUGUGCGAAAAAUUAUGAAACACUCUCAGAUGAAGAAGAUUCCACCAAAGACAACGAAAAUGAACCUUGGCAUUUCAAACAGCCAUUCAAGCACAGGAGAAGGAAAGCUUACAAUCGAGAACAAUUACUAGAACUCGAAAAAGAAUUUCACUUUACGCGUUAUCUAACGAAAGAAAGACGUUCAGAGUUGGCUUCCAUGUUGAAACUUUCCGAAAGACAAGUMAAAAUUUGGUUUCAAAAUCGACGAAUGAAGUGGAAAAAGGACAAUAAACCGGUGAUUCCUACAAGCCGUGGAAUGAGAAGGGGAUUCAAUAGGUAGGGACUACUACCUCAAUGAAAAAAAACAACAACAACUUCUUCACUGUACUUCUUGCUAAUACACAAAUAUAAAGUCUGCUGAAAACUUUCAAAGCUAGACAUUUUCUAAUAAGAAUUCCUGUGGUAAAAGUCGCGCUCCACAGCUCAUGUAUAAGUAGGAAGCGAAAGAAGACUAUAUGUCUAACUAUCUUUACUGCGGGCUGACUAACGAAUUAGGUGCGAAGACGGGGAAAAUAAACGAGUCUUAACGUGCGAGGCACUUCACUCGUUGUCACUCAAAUCCACGGGUUAUAAAACCUCUUUAGUAUGGACAGGCUGCGCAUGUAAAUCUCCUUUCAAAUCGCCAAGAACUCCAGCUUUGCAAGAAAGCAUUUUGUGCAAGAAAGCAUUUUGUAACAAUCGUUCUCCUUCAAAGUCAGUACUGAGUACACAAUCAGCCAGCUUAUUUUACAUAUUAUGGAAAAUGAGAAUAUAUGGAAUUAUAAAGAUUGUAUAAUAACUGAGAGAGAUUUACAAAGGAAAUAAAGUAUU